GGUGUGACACUCUUCAUCGCCCUGUACGACUACGAGGCCAGGACGGAGGAUGACCUCACCUUCCAGAAAGGGGAGAAAUUCCACAUCAUCAACAACACGGAGGGUGACUGGUGGGAGGCCAGGUCGCUGAGUUCGGGCACCACGGGCUACAUCCCCAGCAACUACGUGGCCCCUGUGGACUCUAUCCAGGCAGAAGAGUGGUACUUUGGGAAGAUCGGGCGCAAGGAUGCGGAGCGGCAGCUCCUGUGCCACAGCAACUGCAGGGGCACCUUCCUCAUCCGGGAGAGCGAGACCACGAAAGGUGCCUACUCCCUCUCCAUCCGGGACUGGGAUGAGGCCAAGGGAGACCACGUGAAGCAUUAUAAGAUUCGGAAACUGGACAACGGGGGCUACUACAUCACCCCCCGCGCCCAGUUUGACACCGUCCAGCAGCUG